UUUUUUUUUUUUUUUGGUUUAUCACUAUUCCUACCCGCAUAUAGCAAUUUGCAAAGAAAACCAGUUUUGGAAUGUCCGUUUUCCUACAACUAAAAAACUUUUUACGUAAUGGCGGAAGAUCCAUCUCAUCGUCCAACGAAUUCCAAAGUCCUGAACAAAAGAAAGCAAAGAAGUAUGAAAACGCCGCUCGUUGUGUGGUGAACGAAGAGAACGAAGCCAAAAAGCAUAUGCCGAAAUAUGAAGGCUUGGAAGGCUAUAAGCUUAUCAAAAAGUUGGGAGAUGGCGCCUUCUCCAACGUGUAUGAAGCAAUCGAUUUGGAGACGGACCAAACCGUGGCCCUUAAAGCCGUACGUAAAUUUGAAUUGAGCCCUACACAAAAAGCCAGCAUUCUCAAAGAAGUGCAAAUCAUGCGCACAAUCGAUCAUCCUUCCAUCGUCAAAUUGCAUCGCUUCAUUGAGACCAAAGAGUAUUAUUUUCUCGUUUUGGAAUUAUGCGAAGGUGGCGAACUGUUUCAUCAAAUUGUCCGCUUAACUUACUUUAGCGAGGAUCUCGCCCGUCACUGCAUACGUCAGGUCGCCGAAGGAAUCCGAUAUCUCCACGAAGAAAAAGGCGUUGUUCACAGAGAUAUUAAACCUGAGAAUCUUCUGUUUGAGCCUAUUCCUUUCAUGAAACGGACCACACCUUUGCCUCCACCGCCACCGGAAGAGGAAGAUGAGCCGAAAGAGGACGAAGGCGAGUUCAUUGAAGGUUUAGGUGGUGGCGGAAUCGGACGGGUAAAGAUCGCCGAUUUUGGUUUAUCCAAGGUCGUCUGGGACCAACAUACCAUGACACCCUGUGGUACGGUGGGGUACACUGCUCCCGAGAUCGUACGCGAUGAGCGGUACUCAAAGUCAGUGGACAUGUGGGCUCUCGGCUGUGUCCUGUAUACCAUGUUGUGCGGUUUUCCCCCGUUUUACGAUGAAAGUAUUGAAGUAUUGACAGAGAAGGUGGCUCGAGGUCACUACACAUUUUUGAGUCCAUGGUGGGAUGCCAUUUCCGCUGAUGCCAAAGAUUUGGUCUCGCAUCUGCUAUGUAUCAACCCCAAAAGCCGUUAUACCAUUGACCAGUUCCUGAAUCAUCGGUGGAUGCAGAUGAAACAGAAAUCACCUCACGCUGACUUGGCAACGUCUGAAAUUUUGGUACCCGCAUCGACCACGACCUCUGUCGCCACACCAACAAUUGUUGCUACCCCGCCACAAACCAUUCCUUGUUCCGAACGUCGUCGUGAUGUCUUCUCAACCGGACUUACCUCAAUGAAAGAAAUCUUUGACGUUUCGUACGCCGUCCAUCGUAUGGCCGAAGAACGCGCACGACGAAAAGAGAUCAAAAAGAAAGGAAAGAAUCAACAUGGCUUUCAGCAAGCUAUUCACUCACAAAUGUUGGAUGACGACGAGGAUCACGACGACCCAGAUGAGAAUCAUGACGAUGAUGUUAGUGACGAUCUGACAGGCGAUGAGACGUCGUCCAGUUCGCAAAGUGCCAACGAAGAAGAACACGAAAGACAGAUCGAAGUAUUACGUAAUAAGUUAGCUGAUACCUCUGUCGAUCAGGACACACCCGGUAAACGACUGCAACAAUUGCAACGCGACCGAUUACUGCAACAGAUACGACAAGAAGAACAAACUCGUCAGCGGGUGAUUAAACCACCUAGUGACAAACGUGGCCAAAAGUCACACAAGAGCAAGGCCGUGUUUGAUCUCAAUUUGGACAACGCAACACUUCUUGGACGAAGGAAGAACAAUGAAAACUUGGCAUCACCGCUGGUUCGGACAUCACUCGACACUUUGUAAAAAAUAAGAAGAAAAGGGAAACUGCACAGGAGAAGAAAAAAAAAAUCACAAUCUCGUUCUCAUGCGUCUUUUUUUGAUUUUCCAUCAUAUCACACUGUUCUUUUGCUCGAUUCUUCAUCUGUAUCCAUGUGUAUGCGUAGUUAUUUUUUUUCUUUCUCCUACUCCCUUCUUUCAUUUUCCAGAUUUUUCUAUUGUUCAAUUUUUUCUUCCCUUGGCCAAGUUUUUCUUUUUAACCCAUUAUCACUGUGAUGUGACCUUUGUUCCUUUUCCUGUUUUUUUUACACUCUUUUUACCCCCUUUUUCUAUCCACGUCAUUUAUACCAUGUAGUUUAAAGAGUUCAUAAUCCAUUAGUUUUGUAACCAUUGUUUUAUCAUUUUGAAAUCCAAAUUUGUCUGAAGAAUAAAAACGGAUCAUAUCUUGUUCAUUUGUGUUAAAGAUCUUUUUUUUUUAUAUC